AUGCUGAACCCUUCACUAUUUUCAGCUGAUCCUCCGCCUGACCAGGCCUCGGGGGCGGCUCAAUCUCAACCCACUGACUAUUCCAUGAACUCCACCAACAGUGAUAUUGGUCACCAGAAUCUCUUUCGACAGAUUCCUUGGUUCAGCGACGUCUACCCUCGUCCAACGCCACCGAGUCCAACAUUGUCCGACUCCUCCUACCACGUUAAACGACCUAUGAACGCGUUCAUGGUGUGGUCAAGAGGUCAGCGGCGCAAAAUGGCCCACGCCAACCCGAAGAUGCACAACUCGGAGAUUAGUAAACGUCUGGGCGUGGAGUGGAAGCAUUUAUCGGAGGCGGAGAAGCGACCUUUUAUUGAUGAAGCUAAACGUUUGAGAGCCAAUCAUAUGAAGGAGCACCCGGACUACAAGUACCGACCACGGCGCAAAACCAAGACUGCCAUGAUGAUGGCAAUGGGCAAUACGAGGGAUCGUCUGCACAGUGGUUUUCAUUCACACGCCCUUCUGCCUGGUUUUUCAACGUUUGGGGGACUCUACUCAAACAGUUUUAUAAACCCAUUUGCACCUGUUCUCCCGAUUGUGCCGCCACCACCGGCACCACCAACUCUGUCCACCACUCCUGAUCAAAUGGUGCUCAACUUGAUGCGCACGACAUCUGCAAACCUGGGAAACGCUCCUAUGAACCUCCUUAAUGGAAAAAGUCUUGAGGAGAAUGCACUGAAGAUGGCCUCACCACCAACACCGCCACUAUCACUACCCCCAGCGCAACUCCCGUCAUCCUUCCUUUCUUCCAUUUCCGCUUCCUCUCUGUCCUCCAGCAGUUCAACCAACUCAUCCUCGCCUUCUUCGUCAGCUUUAGCUUUUAGUGCGGACUCGCUGAUUCAACCGUCGCCAUCCAAGCAACCCACUCCCUCGGUCCCUCCAGGCAUGGAUUUCUUGAAGCCACUCCAAUCCUCGUUGCAUGCCAACUUGGAGAGUAGUGUUGACGUGGAUGAAUCGAAGAUGUUGUGGUUUAAGUACUUGGCAGCAGCCGCUGCCGUGUUUUCAAGCCUUCGCAGUGGCGGCGGUCAAGAGGAGGCAAUUGCUCUGCAGAAGAUGGUGGAGCAAGGCGAGGACGCGUUGGAUAUUAAUGAGGGGGUGGAGAGUGAAGGUAGAGGAGGAGAAGUCCACGUUUUUAGAGGUCCAUGA